AUGGCUAGAGACGUGGAUGGUUCUAGUUACAAUGAGAUCACCAUAAAUAAGUGGGAUGCCAAUGCGGCGAAGCAUGCUCUAGACGACACGACGAAGGAGAUAAUGAAAUCGCAUUUUGGGCUUAGUGAGAAUUUUCGUCUGAUCGAUACCAGGCUGAUGUUAUGCACUGCUUCUGUGCUAUUCACUGUUAUUGCAUUAGUGUACGACUAUCUUUGCCCCUAUCCAGAGUCUCGUUAUGUUCUUAUUGUCUGCAUCGUAUCGUAUCCUUUUCGAAAUGAUAGAUACUUCAUUAACACGUCAAUUCUGUCUUGGCAUGCUUACUUUGUCGAAGGAAACAUAUUUUUCGUUGGAAUUCAGCCAGACAAGUCGGGUCUUGACCCUCCCAAUAAAUGGACUUUUGCAUCUCAGAUCAAAAAGUUCUUCCGUUUAUCCUUUAACAACCCGUUUAGGUACAGUCCAGACUACCGUCUGACCCUCACAUACCUCGAUGGAACCACUAACAAACAGUCAACAGUCGAAGCUGUUAAAACAAUCGACUGUUUUUUCGACGAAAAGGGUAAACUGUGUAGUGCCCAACUCGAAUCAUUUAUACUGAGUGUUUGCAAGGAUGUUGCAUCGAAAAAGGAGCAGUGA